AGCGCCCAAAAUCGCGAGAGCUUCACACAUGCGCAUUGUAAAGUUCGAAAGACCGAAGUUAAGGAAGUAUCGCGGGAUUUAAUUUUAAUGUAAUCUUUUGCUACCGGUUACCGGAGAGCUUCGGCUUCAGUAAGGCUGCAGGCGCCCUUCCAGACCCACCCUUCUUAGGGUGCAGAGGAAAACAUGUCAUCCAAUCAAUCUUACGUCUUCUACAGACAAGAGCUUAACAAAACUUUGUGGGAGGUGCCUGAUAGGUACCAAAACCUGACACCAGUGGGUUCUGGGGCCUACGGUUCCGUGUGUUCAGCAUUUGACACUAGGACAGAAUUGCGUGUUGCUGUGAAAAAGCUCUCUCGGCCCUUUCAGUCCAUAAUUCAUGCCAAGCGAACAUACAGAGAACUCCGUCUGCUUAAGCAUAUGAAGCAUGAGAAUGUCAUUGGACUCCUAGAUGUAUUCACACCUGCAAAAUCAUUCGAAGAGUUCAAUGAUGUAUAUCUUGUAACACAUCUAAUGGGAGCUGAUCUUAAUAAUAUUGUUAAGUGUCAGAAGCUUACAGAUGACCACGUACAGUUUCUUAUCUAUCAAAUCUUGCGUGGUUUAAAGUAUAUUCAUUCAGCAGGCAUUAUCCACAGAGACCUAAAACCUAGUAAUCUUGCAGUGAAUGAAGACUGUGAGUUAAAGAUUCUUGACUUUGGUUUGGCUCGUCAUACAGAUGAGGAAAUGACUGGGUAUGUUGCUACUCGGUGGUACAGAGCACCAGAAAUCAUGCUGAAUUGGAUGCAUUACAAUCAGACAGUGGACAUUUGGUCAGUGGGCUGUAUAAUGGCAGAGCUUCUCACAGGAAGGACCUUGUUUCCAGGCACAGACCAUAUUAACCAGCUGCAGCAGAUCAUGCGACUGACGGGGACUCCUCCCUCCUAUCUCAUUAACAGGAUGCCCAGCCAUGAGGCUCGUAACUACAUCCAGUCCUUGCCAUAUAUGCCUAAGAUGAAUUUUGAAGAUGUUUUUCUAGGCGCCAAUCCACAAGCUGUAGACUUACUAGAGAAAAUGUUGGUUUUGGAUACAGACAAGCGAAUAACAGCAGCAGAGGCACUAGCACACCCUUAUUUUGCUCAGUACCAUGAUCCUGAUGAUGAACCGAUAGCCGAGCCAUAUGAUCAGAGUUUUGAGAGUCGUGAGUUGGACAUUGAAGAGUGGAAACGUCUAACUUAUGAGGAAGUGAUCUGUUUUGUGCCUCCUCCCUUGGAUUCUGAAGAGAUGGAAUCUUGAAGAAGCUGUUUCUUAGACACUGUUUUUAGUGUUCUCAGUCACUGUGAAGGCAAGGGGUCCUUAAGCCCCUGCCAUCAUGCAAAGUGCCUAUCUGACUGUGGGGGGAAUUCCACACCUCUGUCUCUUGCUUUCAUACAUAAAUAUUUUAAUAAAUUCCUUAUGCUGGGUGAAUUAUUUAAAUACAAUAUAUGUGUAACUCUUGUUGCAUACACUCCCCAACUUUCUCAGUUUUUCACAUUUUACAGAAUCCUCUAUCUCCCCUAUUGCAGAACUUUUGUUCUGCACCAAUGCUGAUCAUACUGACCCUAGAUCAUAAACUUUGUUUGCAAUUUAUCUUAAACUGUAUACUGUUUCAGCAUCUUAAUCAGUAUUGUAUUAAUAGUGGAAAAGAGGGCUGACAUCACAGUUCAGACAUUCUUGAGGAUAUUGCCCUUGUGAUUAUUACCUUUUAUCCUUCUGGUUAUUUUCCUGUGUGUGUGUGUGUCUAUAUAUAGAGAGAGAGAGAGAGAGAGAGAGAGAGAGAGAGAGAGAGAGAUAUAGAGAGAGAGAUAUAGAGAGAGAGAGAGAGAGAUAUAGAGAGAGAGAGAGAGAGAUAUAGAGAGAGAGAGAGAGAGAUAGAGAGAGAGAUAUAGAGAGAGAGAGAGAGAUAUAGAGAGAGAGAGAGAGAUAUAGAGAGAGAGAGAGAGAGAGAUAUAGAGAGAGAGAGAGAGAUAUGUAUGUGUGUGUGUGUAUGUAUGUAUGUAUAUAUAUAUAUAUAUAUAUAUAUAUGUGUGUAUAUGUGUGUGUGAGCUAAUGUCCGAAUAGGGAUUUAAAAGGCUUUUAUAUAAGAGGACUUUCUAUGGUUUGCUCCCUCUUUACAUGGUGUGAAAAAGAGGAUUCAUAUCUCUAGGUGUAUAUUGAGCAAAAUGUGAAAUCUACAUUCAGCAUACUAAAAUAUUUUAUAUGGUCACCGCCGAGUAUUGGUGUUGUAUUUUAUAUAUAUAUAUAUAUAUAUAUAUAUAUAUAUAUAUAUAUAUAUAUAUAUAUAUAUAUAUAAUAUAUUGGUUCUAGUUAUAUAGUAUUAUAAACUGAUAGCAAAAAUACUUCAGAAUGUUUAUUUUUUCAUACUUUGUACAAAGAUUCACAUUAUCCCUUAUUGUCAUUUGCCACACUCAACCUCCUGCUUCCCUUAACCCACUGGAUGACUAAUGCUGGGCCCCCCUCUGUUCAUAACAAUGAUUAAGAAGUUUACAAUUUAUUUCACUGUUGCACUGCUCAUCAAAAAGCCAUUCCUGAAUAGGAGCUGCACAAUAGUGUUACAGGGGUAGAUUUGUGCAUAUUUAAUAUUAAUGCACGGUCUCCUCUGUGAAAGAUUCACUGAUAACAAAGCACUGGUCAGAUACAUCCAUUAUUUUUAAAAAUAUAUACUCUAAUCCACUUUGAUGCUCUGCAUGUAUUACAUUUUAACAGUAUGUAUGGGACUAAUUUCUGAAAUAAAUUGUACAUGUUGCAUUUAAAAUCUCUAUAAAACCAAGAAGUUUCA